GCAUCUUGUCAUCCAUCGGCUGACAGACAGAAAAAGUACGAGUUUCGUGCGAGAAAAUUUUCACGUCGCCCAGCAAUUUUCCAAUUAAUUUAAAUUGAAGUUAAUGUAUAAUUUAUCGAUAAUUUCUUACACAAAUAAUAUCAACUGCAUUCGUCGAAUUGGUUCUCGGGUUUAGCAAUGUCGUACAACAUAGACGAGAUGAGCUGGUCAGAUGUUCGGAAUAUCUUCCGAAAGUGGCGUGAUGAUAACGAGCGCAAGAGCGAAGACGUGAUUCAGCUGUGGGAUGCAAUUCUGUGCGACAAGCAGACCAAACUGGGCAACGAGCGUCACUUGGUUCUGGAACAGGUGAUGAUUGCGGCACUCGAUUGUAAUCGGAUAGAAACGGCCGAAGAUUGCAUCCGGAUACUGACGGCGGAGUUCCCGGGAAGUCUGCGGAUUCAAAAGUACAAGGCCAUGCUGCUGGAGGCGCUGGAACGCUACGAUGAUGCGUUGGAUGUUCUGGAACAGAUUAUCAAAAAGGACGAAACUAAUGCGGCACCGCGGAAGCGGAAGGUGGCAAUUUACAAGGCACAGGGAAGAACUGCAGACGCGAUUCGGGAACUGUGCGACUACAUGAAGCGGUUUAUGUCCGACCAGGAAGGAUGGCACGAGCUGUGCAGUCUGUAUCUGGCUGAGGGAGAAUACGCAAAAGCGGCCUUCUGCAUGGAGGAAGUUCUGCUGCAUAAUCCGCACAGCCACUUGAUCCAUCAAAGACUGGCGGAUAUUCGCUAUACGAUGGGUGGACUCGAUAAUAUUGAAAUCGCAAAGUCGUACUACUGUCAAGCCGUUAAGCUGAACAAUCAAAACCUGCGAGCGCUUUACGGUUUAUUCUUGUGUUGUGGACACAUAGCCAACUCUAAAGCCCCUCUCAACAAACGGAAAGAAGCCCAGAAGCUGGCGCAAUGGACGAUCGGUCAGAUACAGGCAAAAACGGCGAGUCAUGCUGCUGUCUUAGCAAAGGGUGGCAAAUCAUCCGAGAAACAACCCAAAGAAGACGUGGCCGCUCUCGAGCAAGCCUUCGGUGGACUGGAAAUAGCCAAAGCAAAUUGACCAACCGAAGGCCUGAUGAUUGUUAACUGCUUCUGUCUACAGCUACUCUAUCGUACUGUUUCAAUUCACUACAUCUAGUUCACCUUUCAUAUUUCCGAAAAUCUAUUUUAGGGGUUUAAAUCUUUUCAUUGUAUGUACAAUACGACCGAUUCUCACUGAUUCAUGCAGGGGAUUGAAAGGGAAAUUUUAAAACUAAACUACGAAUAAUUGCAUGGGAAGAAAAGGUGAAAUCUUGCAUUUGUUUUACUAUUCUUUUGCAAAAUUAGUUCAAAUCACGUUCCAAUUUUUCGAUUAUUCUAAGAUUAGAAGGAGCUUUAGUAAAUAUCAUUCAUAAAAACUGACGUCAACGAUGUUUCACAAACAUGUAAAAGCGGUAUUUAAUAAAUGAAAGCUAGUAUAACCAUUACGAUAGCCAUUGGAACGACUGUGUGCAAAUACCCGGUAAAUGUAAUUAUUUAAGAUGAAUAUGAAUUCAAACAUGAAGGGCAAACUACACUUUUGAGUUAAGCUAGAAUGUAGCUAAGCAGUAGUCGAAUGGAAGGUGGAUAGGAUCAAAGUUUAAUAAAGAUGUUUUUUUCUCAACCCGAAA